AUGACUAUGACCCCAUUCGACUUCGCUGUAUUAACAGGCCUCGACAUGGGAGACUGGGCGAUCCCUUAUGAUGAGGACAUGGACGAGUGGGAGGCUGCCUGGAUUUAACUAUUGGGAGCUCGUCCACCGGUCGACCGAUCCUCGGGUCGAGUCUGGUACACUUGGUUUUCUUCAUAUUUCAGACAGAGGGAGUCCGAGACUCCCAAGGAGAUAGCACAGUACACCCGAGGGUUUUUGAUGUUCCUCUUCGGGACCACUCUGUUCUCCAAUAGGGGGAACACCGUUGGACUAUAUCUUCUGAGUGCCCUGGUGGACCUAUCGCGGGUUAGCCAGUAUGAUUGGGGUGGCGCCGGCUUAGCUACCCUUUAUUGCUACAUGAGCGCAACCUCCCGCGGACGGGGGAACAUAGUCGGUGGCUACUGGAGAGCUUGGGAGUUAUGGGUUUUUGCGUACUUCCCAACGCUAGCCCCAGAGCUCGAGGUGGAGGCGCCCCUCAUGACCCCCUACUCACUUGUUUUCGAGGGCCAAUACCGGCCGAGACCUCGGGAGACUCUCCCCUACCUGCGGCAGUAUUUUGAUACGGUGCGGCCGACAGAGAUCACGUGGCAACCUUAGGUGCCUUUGGGUGGGGACCUCCGAUUUCAGCUUGCCGAAGGAUGGGCUGCUUCACGGUACAGGGUCCUGUUUGAGGGGCCGGUCGGUAGGGCCUUGUUCUUGGGGGAACGCUUCAUGCGCCAGACGAUGGGCUACCCUCAUCAGGAUAUCCCCUCAGCACCUCCGGUCGAUAUGCGGGCUACCGGGAGGCUCACUCCCCAGGAGGUUAUCAGUGCCAUGCUGGGUACGGACGUAUUACUAUAUUGGGAGGAGGGGGAGUACGCGACCUACCGUCACACAUACUUGAUGCCCCCAUUGACAGGUGUCCAUACUCCCACGAGGAGGUCCGCUGACAUGCCAUCUUCGAGUCGAGCCCGGGCUGCAGGUACCCCUUCUUCUAGCAGAGCCGGUACGUUAAGAGGUGGGGGUAGACUGGUCCCUCCGAUUCCUCUGACUUAUCAUCAUGCCGGAUGGCCUGACAUUCCGACCGAGUUGACGGGUUGGCGAUACGGGAGCUCUUACCCGAUUUCAAUAGAGCCCCCUAUGCCUGAUCAUCGAUACGUCAGUGAUCCUGACUCACCACCGCCACCCAGAGAGUACAUGGGGGGGAUGCUCAGAUUGGUGGCCUCGCUCGAGGGCAUGGUCUUGCGGAGAGAGGCGCAGCUGUCCAUCAUGGGUUUCCAGAUGCCUUCGCUACAUACCGGACCACAGGCCGGGCCAUCUAGGCCUUCCCGAGGAGUUCUGGAGGAUCCAGUGUUCGGUUGA